UACUGGGAAGUUGACACCCGAUAUCCAAUAAGCUUUGACGUUUUCUCUCUUUGUGCUCACCUGUUGCUAGAGAACGUUGUCUUGACCAAAAUCCCUGGAGGUGCAGUUGGAGGCGUGGUAACAGCCAUACCCAAAAUGUUAGCAAUCCUUACUGCAGUAGGCAAGUACUGACUGUGGUAACUUUCCUCAAAACCCAGGGAUGCCUGCACAGCUUGCUGAUACCACCAAAGCAUCAGCAGCUUGAAUUUCAGUUUCUAAGCAUCCGCAGAAUAAUGCAGAGACAGGACAUGACUCUUCAAAGUUAGUUUUGUGUUGGACUAAAACUACCUUCUUUUGGUCCUGAGGCACACUCAAGCAAUUUAUUGGACUAUGCUAGUGAUGAAAACACUUUGAUUCUCUCUGAUCUCUUCCAAUAACUUGCCAGUUUUACCCAAACCAAAUGUGCCGCAUUAAACCAUUUUGAAGCCGGUCAUAGCAGAUAUGAUUGCCUCUAUUUCUGGCAGAUUAAACAGGGCACUACGUGAUUAUAAGUGUGAGUGACUUUCUCUAGUUUGCUGAUGACAUCGUGAACUUCCACUAAGCAACUUAAAACCAAAACGAAAUCUGACCUAAUUAAGAAGAGGAGUGAUUAUUUGAAUAUUACUGAUGAUUUUUUUUCCAUUCAAAAGGGGAGAAAAACUGCAAGUCUGAAGAAUAUUUGCAUAGUGAAUGUUUAGGAUAACCGACAGCAAUUUUUUUUUUAUAAAUGGUGUCUUCAGGAAAUAAGAUUUUUUUUUUUUUUUUUUAAUCUGGCUAGUUUAGAUGUUCAAGUAUUAAAGUUAAAUUUGAAGUCAUGUAUUUACUGCUAGCAAAGUUUACCUGUGGAAGGCUUGCUUCAAUAAUCUGUUCAGGCAGCUUUUACGUUGCCUCUUCUACAGUGUAAGCAUAUUCAAGGAUGCCUUUGUUUCGGCAGCAUUUUGUUUAGCUUUCAUUCUCAUUUCAUGAGAAUCACACAAAGCUCUUUCAGAAACAGCCUUUAAAAAGGGAGUGAGUCUGAAAUAGUUUUCAAUUAGUAGACUAUGUUAUGUAUAGUUGUACUGUUUAUAUUCUAGGAAAUAGAUCUUUGAAGACCCUUUCUUUCCCAGAUCUACUAAUCAGUCAAGCAAUUUAAACAAUUUUUUCAUAGGAAAAAUAGGCAAGAAUGCCUGUUUGGGGUUAUGAGUUUAAUAAUAGUAGUGGGUGUGUUAUCAUUGAAAUGUUCUAGGUAACUGAAAGCACUGGCUUCUGCUUGCUGAUGGUGACCAGGCUGUUGCUGUAAGCAGGGUGUUUCUUGUCACUGGCCAUUUUCACUGUGGCACUUCAGAAAUGUGGGUGGGUUUCAUGUCUUGACUUUUAAUGUUAGGGUGUUUUGGAUUCUUUUUCAUUUGCCAGAAUGAUUUAAGGUGAUACGUAGCAUUUGUGCACCUUUGUUGCCUGGAGGAAAUUCAUUCUCUAGAGGAUUUAUUAGUGUGAUCUUACUGGAAUAGACACCUUGUACUUUAUGAGAACAAUUUGUCCUCUUAACAUACAGGGGUGUGAUACAGAGGAAUAUUUAUGUUCUGAAGAGACUACCUUUGAAAACAUGAAAAACAUGCUGAAAGGAGGUAAGGAGGGAGCCCACCUGACUUGCUGGUGAAAUGUUGACAGAAAAUUGUCUGUUACCAAGCAGUUAAGAUCACUGCUAAUGGAGAUGAGAAAAUGUUUUUCUGUAGAACAUAGCAAAUGCUGAGGCUGAUAAAUAGUUUCUUUCUUCCAAACACUUCUUCUGCAUUUACAAAACAUCGCUGUUACACAGUCCAAAUACCCAUGUAAGCUUAAAGUCCUAAAUACUGAGUUUGCCUUUCUUUUAUUCCAAAUAUUUUUAAGAUAAUGUAAAUCUAUAUGCCUCACUCUGUGUUUGCUACUAAUGACUUAAAGCAUUGACCUUUUUAAUCUUCUUGGGUCUCAGCUUCCCCGUGUAUAAAACGCAAGAAGGAACUUCCUGCCUUACUUAGUAAGAACACCAAUUAUCGUCUGUAAAAUUCUGUAAGGAGAACUCGUUUUCCUCUCUUAGGAUAUUUGCCAGUAGCCUCUUUUGUCUCAAAGCCUGGUCCUAUAGUAUUUAAUAUAAUGAGAAUGAGAUAAUAAAUUACUGGAGGUUUUUUAAGAUAGCUUUAUUUUUGGAGUACAAAUCUGCUAUCUGUUAGCUGAACUGUAGCAAUUUCCAUCUUGAGGGGUGAUGGAAGCUUAUGGCCCAUCUAAUGCAAUUUUCAUUAAUACAUCAGAGUAAGGAGCUGGUUUUAUUUUUGGGAGAGAAAACAAAAUCCAGUAAAAAAAAUCAGACAGAGUGGUUGCUUUGCACUGAAGCACAGCAAACAGCGAUACAUUCUGUCUCUUCCUUGUAGCAAGCUCUGCAUAUGACUGGCCUCACUAGGAACUCGCAGCAUUGCGUAGCACCUUGGCUACUCUUGCCUUUGGGCAAAAGGAUACGAAGAGCCAGGCACGGUAACACCCUGGCAGUCAGUGGGUCCAGCAACAGCAUCCCUGGCAUUCUCUGUUCCGUAUCUUAUAUUGCUAUUGAACUUUUCAUUAAAAGCCUGCUAUCUUCUUAUUUCCACCCCCUCCUGCUUUUCUUUCAUCAAAAAGUAUCAAGUUGUAAAAAAUGAUUGAGGAUUAAGAUCUGCUUUCAAAGUAAUAUUAGCCUGUGCUCACAGCAGCAGCAUCAUUCAUUGGUAUUGUUUCUCCAUUUUAUUUCAUGAAAGUGUAAUCCACAGGGUGUUUUGGUUACAACAGGUACGGACAGAUGUAGGCAAAAAGGCACUUUUGGUUGUUUCAUUCGAUCUUUCACCAUUGAUAUAACCAAACUGUGAAACUGCUUACAUAAAGAUAAUGCCAUCCCGUGGUAUUGUGUAGAUCUAGUGAAAAUGUGAACAGCUUUCAUCCAGAAUUGUCAUUUUGUUUCUAUUUUGCUUUAAAGUAGUGUAGAUCAAGAAUAUUGAAGGCUAAAAUCUCUUAGGUUACAGAAGGUGUGAGGUGUGAAACAGAUACUGAAUUUCCCUACAGCUGUAUGUCAGCAUGAGGAAAAGCAUCCUGCCGCAGGAGGAGUCAGGCAGGGAGCAGGAGUGCCCUGCAGUUCUGCCUUCCCAGCUUGGCUGCAAGGGUCAUGGGAUGUAAAAUCUACCGAUGGGCAUCAGCCUGCUUCUCGUGCAUAUGGGAGGCUACUGCAGCAGUUGAUUGUAUGCCUAAGAUGGUGAAGUGAUUGUCAGCAUAAGCUUAAUUUAAAAUCUAUGUUACCUUGAGAGAAUAGCCUUUUACUGGUCUUACAGAAUUUCGCAGGCUGGGUUUGAGAAGCUAUUGUUUAGGAUUAGGGAUCGGGGUCAAACAAGGAUGAGACAUUCCCUUGGAAGAAGUUAAGUGCUUCAUUGUACCUGUGUUUAUUUUUAGAAUGAAAUUGCUUUAUGGCUUCCUAAUGAGCUUAAAAAUUUACAAGGAUUUAAAAUGUCUCAGGAAAUACCCUGAACACUGGCAGGUGUCACAUUAGCUAUUCUGAAAUAAACCAGACCAAAAUAAUAACAAACAAUUUCAGUGUGCUAUUUACCUAUCUGAUUAGAAUUGCUAUCCACCCAGUUAAUAUUCAUAGGAAACAAAGCUUCUGUUUAAGGAUACCGUCUGUUUCCCUACUCAAGGCAAGUGUAAAGAAAUACCAGGAGAUAUCCUGCCUUGUGUUUUGAAUUGUCAUGAGGAAUGGGAGCCACUACCAUGUCAUGAUUGUGCUGCUUUUGCAUUCAAUUCACUGAUGAGCUAAAUCAACAAUCAGCUCGAGUGUCCUGAGCAAUGUGGUUUAGAAUAACCAGAAAUAUGGGCUAUUUAUCAGCAAACAGUGGUAUCGCUGAGUGUCAGUGCAGUUCAGCAUGUGGUUUAACAGCAAAUUUUCUCUAGAGGCCAAUCAUGCCUUCUACAUACAAUGCAAAUAAUACUUUGUUAUGGCCAUGAUCUUUUCCAGACUCGCAGAAAUGUCUGUAAUCCUUUCCAACAAGAUGCUGAGAUAUUGUCCUUGUCCAUUUCCUAGUCUUUUCAGCCAUGCUAAAACCAAGAGCAAAUGAAGAAUCCCAAGGGAAGCUCCUUUGUCAGCUGAAGAUGAAUCAGUAUGUUCGGCAUGGACAGCCUUGCCCUAUCUCCUUUUCUUUCUCAGCCUUUAGAUCUAAUAGAUAUGGUGACAUCUUGGGUGCUGAUAACAGCAAGAAAUCUGUGUGUGUGUGAACAUAACUAUUCUGCAAUAAAAAGGAAAAAAUGGGAGCUUAACGAAUUGUUAAAUCUGAAUCAAGUAUCUGUUUAAACAACGUGAGAGUCACCGUGUGCUGCUGAUAGCCCUGCUGUAAGCUUGUUAAUAGGGUUCUUCUUUUGUUAGUGUUCUCCGUCUCUGCCUUAUUGGAGCAUGUGCGUUAAUGUAUCUAUUUAUAUGGUGUCAGGCUGCUUUCUGCCAUUGGAUUUGUAUCACCAUAAGAAAAUUUAAAGGUGAGAUUAAAAUCAAGCUUUAAAGAAAGAUAAAGGCUACUUUGAAGAAUGAUUUCUGAAGUUCCAUGACAUUAAGGUGUAUAGACAACCUUGACAGGACUUGUCAUGUAUGAACUGCUGUGCAUGAAGAAGAGAGGUGGUGGUUUGGGAUGUAAGUAAUGGAUGUUUUGGGAAAACUGGACUAUAAUCUCUUUGAAAAUCAUCAAACCUUGAAAGAUCAAUUUAGUAUUGUACUUUCUAUUGGGACCAUUCAACAAAUUGAACCUUUUAUUUAAUGAAUAAUGAAAAGAGGAGGGUGACUUGAUAUGUUUUUUUUGACUCGGGUCGUGAGAUGAGAUGAUCACUAAAAGUCUAAGUACUCUUGUUUGUUUUCUUAAUAGUACAGAGUAUAAAUUAUUGAAGACUGUUGUUGAUCAUUAAUUCUUCUUUACGAUGCUGAAGGUGGGCUUGAUUCCAGGCUCAUGUAAGGCCCUGAAGGCUUCCACUAAUUUCAGCAGCCUUUGCUUGCUCUUUGUAUCACCAAUAUUGCCCGUUAACUGGCAAAGUGUCUCUCUGGGACUGGAGGUACCUCUCAAGGUAAAAGGGGAAAACCCAGUAUUUACAAGACACUAAAAUACCUUGCAGAACUUGCCAGACAAUUUCUGCAUGUACAUACCUCAAUCACUUUCUUAAAAUCUAUUAAUUGCCUGGUUUUUUUUUUGUCAUCUUCCUCUCAGGACUCUAUUAAGUGGCUUCCCAAGUCUCCUAAACUGUACAGUGGCCAUAACUGGAGCUCCCAGGGCUCUCGCUGGGCCUCAUUGAAAGGAAAGGAAAGUUUUCCUGGUGGUAACCUGUACAAAUUCAGCUCUGCUAAUGGAAAAUGGAGGGAAGGAAGGUUCAGUCCCGAGCAAGAAGCAGAGGAACUGGAGGAUCCUGAUGAUGAACCGAUUUCCAAAUUUUCUGGCAGCCUUUUUGAUACCAAUGAUAGCAUGAGAGAGCAAAAAAAUACCAGAGCAGCUCUUCAAGAAAAGCACAAGUUGGCAAUGAAAGGGAAGGCUCUUCCAGGGACUAAUACUAAGGUGCAGCCACCCGUCUCGGCAGUGGGCAGCUUCCCUGGCGAGAGCGGCUGGAUCCCGGAGGAUCUGAGGUUGGAUGCACCGCAGCCCCCACUGAAGAUAACCAUUACUGUGUGCAGUCAAAUGGGGAGUCUUGGUAUUAGCAUUGCUGGUGGAAAGGGCUCAUCUCCAUAUAAAGACAAUGAUGAGGGGAUCCUGAUUGCACGGCUGCCAAAAGAUGGUCCAGCAGACUUGGCUGGGGUACAAGCAGGAGACAGACUGACAGAGGCAUCCCUCGUUUCAGAACCUGACGCCCUUGACUCUGACCCUACUGAAACUUCAUCCAAGGGCAGCCGCUUCCCGACAGUAAACCAUGUCAUAACAAUACCUCGGAUAAUCCUCACGCGCCCUUCCACUUCCGACGAAGAUACUGACCAGUUGCCCCCAGACCCGGAUGACUUUGAGCCCGAGGAGCCCGACAGUGCAGAAGGCCAUGCCUAUUCGGACUGUCUGAACAGUGCUUUUUAUCCUCCCUAAUAAAAUACUUUUCUGGAAAGUGUUCAUGGGUGGUUAUCUUUCCCAUUGUUCCAUUACGUUUAAUGUAGUACUUGAACCACUCUGCCUUAUUUGUAGGGAAAACCAUUACAUGGAGAAUGGAUUUGAGCUGAGGGAGCAGAACCUGUGUUUGUAUUUCUUUGCCUUGAACUUUCCUUCAGCCACAAGCUGUGGACUGGAAACAAAAUGAGCUGGGUGGGGUUAUGUGAAUGUCACCACAUGUUUCAAUAGCCACUUACAAGGGCAUCCUACAGCACCUAAAUGCAGUGGUGAAAAGAGGAGGUGAUUUUUAUUCAGAAGGUGCGCCACCCAGUUGGAAACACACUGAAAACAAUUGUAUUGUAUAGUUUGGGUUUUUUUUAAAUCUUGUGUCUAUGUUUUGUCUGUAUAGCUCACCCUUUUGUCUACCCCCAGGUUCCUUUGAAUUGUCCCUUUUAAUGUUGUUUUCUAUGAGAAUAAAAUAUCCUUUUCUGUCUUUUAAAUAGUGCUUUUUUUUCUUCCCCACAGAGAAAUGUUAUUUCUGUUGGAAUUCUGUAUUUCAUUCUAGUGUAAUAAAGAACAGUUUCUCCAGGUAUAUGCAAACAGGUAUCAGAUUUGAACAGGACCCGUAAGUUAGUUUCAUUAGAUCUAAAUGCAGGAGGCAUCUUAAGCAACCGUGCCCCUCAAGAGUGAACUGAGAAGCAAUUUCUUACACUAGAGGAACUGUCUGAGACUCUUAUUUCUUCUCCUAACUUGCAUAUAAGCAGAACACCUUAAAUUUGCCUUACUGUGAUAUGCCAGGUUUGAUGUGUAUGUGUAUAUAUCUGUGUGUGUGUGUAUAUAUAUGUAUGAGGUAAGCAUUUAGGAACAAAUGUUCUUGUACAAGAGUGUUCAAUCCUUUAAUUCUCUUCACUGCUCUUCAGAUUUCUAAUGCAUUUUGAGGUGCUUAAGAAGAACCUUUUGGGACUGAUCUUUAUUUGGGGUUCCAUGGUGCUGCCUUAACUCAGAGGUGGGGUCUGGUCCUGCUAGACUGGGAUGUCAUUACUUUUUUUUCAUGUGCAUAAAGUGUGCACUGAUGUUUUUUAUGAUGUGUAUACAGUUUCUUUUCCUGUAAAUAGAGUAUAACACAACACAGUGACCUGGUAAAUCCUCAUCUUUUAUUCCCAUUCUGAAAGAUUUCUCAGGUGAUCGUUUGUAUAUGACUUGAAUGAAUGCUGGUAGCUGGGUUUUCAGGAGUUAGGACGUUGGCAGGAGAGUAUGGCUGUCACAGAGGGAGAAUAUUUUGAAAAAAUAGGUUUGCAAUAACACUAUGAUAUCAAGAUUUCGCUUGACUCUCAACUGCAUCCACCGUGGCUUUUGCAUUGUCUUGUACAUCAGCAUUUUAACGGAAGAUAAUUCAU